AUGGAUGACGAAAUGAGUGAAUACCUUAACAAGAUGCAAAUCAAAGAGACAUCUGAAUUAUAUGUUCGAUGUAGUGCAGUAUGCUUUGAUCGAUGUGUCAGCAACUUUACUGCACGCAAGUUAAACGAUAAAGAGACUGUAUGUAUCGAUAAGUGUACAGAAAAAUUCGCCAAAAUGAACCAACGUUUAACGCUGCGAUUGUUUGAGUUAAACCGCGAAGAAUUGGUCAAGCAAUAA